AUCGAUCAAUGUUACUUUAAAUCGAUUAAAACAAUUAGAAAUACCUGAUUUUAUUAAUAAACGUGAGUGGACCGAUGAGGAACAGAAUCUUACAUCUAUAAUUGAUGAUAGAAUAAAUGACAUAAAAGCUAUUAAUUCAGAAUCUCAAAAGAUCAAAUCUGAUAAAAUUGAUGAUCUUGAUAAAAAAGCAAAUGAAAUUAUUAUUACAAUAAAAAAUUCAGCUGAUAAUGAAGUUCAAACAGUUGUUGAUUUAAUGACAAAACAUAUUAAAGUUGCUCAGUUCAAUGGAAAGCAUGCGUAAUCAGAUGACUCAAAUAAGGAAGACACUUAUUGAACAUAAUGAUGCUGAUUUGGUCAUGGGUGAUGUUAUAGAUGUUGAAUCUCAAAUAACUGAAUUUGAAAGUGAACUUUUAAAUGAUGAUUCCGCCCUUGCGAAAACUUUAAAGCAAAAGCAUGCUAAAUUACUACUAACAAUUCAAAAUAUACGUGUUGCUUUGGCUGAGAAUAAACUUCAAAUGGCCGCAUAUUUAAGUCCUUCGUCUCCAACUUCUCCUACUUCUGCUGGUUCUGAAUUUGAUCGAAUAAGAGUUAUUGUUAAAAAUAAUUUAGAAAAUUUUUAUGCACGUUUAAUUUCUCCUCCAACUUAUAUGAUUGAUGCAGAAAAUGAAACUGAAGAACCUGAACGUAUACAUGGUCUUACUUGUAAUGAUGAUCAUGUCGCUGAAAUUACUGAACGUUAUGAUAAGAUUGAAUCUGAAUUAAUUUCUUUUGAGAGAACCCUAUGGGUUGAAUUUUGGUUAAAGGGUGAUCCUGCAAAAAAAUCACGUGAUGAAGAAGUCGUCAAAUUAAUUGAUGGUUUAGAGAAAAAAUUUGCUGAAAUUAAGAACUUUAUGGAAGUUAGGAAAAAAGAUCUUGUUACUAUAAAAGAAGGAAGAGAAUUCGCAAAAGGAAUAAAUUCUAUACGUGAUCAACUUGAUAUAGUAAAAGGUGAAAUGAGAAGAGAUGAUACAACAACAGAUGCUUCCUUACAAGAAUUAGAUACUCAUAUGGCUGAUGCUUCAGAAUUAACCAAAUCAUUAAAAACUACCUAUAGUCAUUUAUUAUCCCCUGAAUCUGAAGAUAAAAGAUAUAAGGAAUGUUUUGAUGAAAUAGUUAAUCAAUAUAAGCUUGUAAGGAGUUGGAUUGAGGAAGUACGUGUAUGGUUUAGAGAGGCUGUACGUAUACGUGGUUGGAUGAGGGAACGUGUAGACAUUUUAUUAAAUGUACCCAAAGUUGAUCCUUUUCAAGAAGACGAAGCUCCUGUUACUCAAGAACAAGUUGAUGAAUGGCGAAAAGAAUAUGAAGAAUUAGAAAGAGAAGUUGAAAAAUUUGACUCUGAGGAUGUCACUCGUUUAAGAGCUCACGUUAAAGGUAUAGUAGGAACCGGUAACGAAACUACUACUACUGAUAUGUCCCCUGCUGACACGAUGACAAUCGGAAUUACCUUUGAGACUUUAAAAAUCCUUGACCAAUUACUUGGAAAAUUAAAAGACCGUGAAUAUGAAUUGGAUCUUUUAUCUUUACGUGUACAAUGGGAACGUGAAUAUGAUGGAAGGCUCCAGUCUCUUCUGAAAAAAGAGAGGAUGGUUGGUUUAUUAAUCAGAAUCAACUUCCUCAACAUGAUGUCACUUCCGAAUCACAUAAGAUCAAUCAAAAGUUAGAAGACUACAUACAAAAUACAAUACCCCCUACAACCGAAAACUUUGAUGAAUUAUUUAAUACUUCUCAAACGCCAUUACCUGAGCAUUUAAUUGAAAGACAAGAGAACAUUGAAGAAAGGGAUAAAGAUGAUUUAGAAGAAUAUUAUAAGUUUGCUAAUGAUGUUUUAACACAAC